AUGUGCCCCGUUCUUCCAGCUCUCAUGUGCCCCGUAGUCAACGGCAGCGCCCUCCUGCCGCUCCACGAUGCCGCCGUCGAUCUCCACCCCAUCGUGCUGCUGCCAGGGAACGGCUGUAGCCAGCUCGACGCGGAGCUCACCGAGCACUACGAGCCAUCGCCAUGGGCGCCGGCGAGCUGCGGCGGCGCUGCGGCCGCGGGGAAGGGGAAGGGACGACGACGGUGGUUCCGGCUAUGGAAGAACAGCACUGCACUGGGCGACCCCGCGGUGGCGCUGUGCUACGCGGACCAGCUGCGGGUGGUGUACGACCGCGCCGUCGCCGACUACCGCAACGUCGCCCGCGUCUGGACCCGCGUCGUGUCGUUCGGCACCACCCGCGGCUUCGGCUCCGACGAUGAUCCCUCGGAUCCGGAAAGCCUACGCGUAUCCCAACAGGCAGAGGCACUGGGAAGAAUCAGCUACAAAGAAGGAGAGAACCUCUUCGGCGCCCCCUACGACUCCCGGUACGUGGCGGCGCCACCGGGCAUGCCCGCCAUGGCGUUCGAUGCCUACACCGCCGACCUGAGGUGUCUCGUCGAGCACGCCAGCAGGAAGAACGGCGGCAAGCCGGUCAUCCCGGUGACCCACAGCAAAGGCAGCCUGAUGGCCGCGGAGUUCCUCACGCGGAGCGCGACACCGUAG